CCAUCGAUUAGCCUGGAGAUCCGUGCGAUCCACGUGACAGCAGCUUUCAGAAUCCUGCUUGGCGUGGAUCUCAAGGAGGCGUCUGCAUACACCCACCCCCCGUGACUUUACCGCACAUCGUCUUCCUCCUAACUGGCAUGCUGUUCCUGUUACCCUCCAUCCUACCGUCCUUCCAUCCGUCCAAACCCUAGUUGUCUGCGCGGAGGACAUUGAUGCUGUUUUAUAUAAAAUUAACAGAGAUACCCCUCAGAUGCGAGUGGAUUAUUGGCUGAAACGCUAGCCGUUCCAGUCAUUCAUCGGAUUCUCGAGUCUCGCCGCAAUCCGCUGAACGAUAGGUUUAGGAUUUAUUUUCUUUUCGCUAAUGAUUGAACAGAGCAAGUCGCGGGAUCCUCCGGAUGUUAUUGAUUCUUUCAUAGAUCAGAAGCAUCAGCUUCCCUUCUCGAACGACGAUGUAGACGGCUUGGCGGUCUCCGAGAUAUCUCGAGAAUUCUCCGACGCUGGAGAUGUAAACGGUUUGCCUUGGUCCAAGGGUGAUACUGCUAUUUCAAUGCCGGCAGGAGUUGAUAAAAUUGAGGCUUAUGUUGUUGAAGGAGAAGAUAGAGAGGCAAUCUCUGUAGCAUCUGUAGAGCCAGGUGCUGGUAUGGCGGACGGACAAUCAAUUUCCAAUCAAGAUGCUGGAGCUCAAGAGAAUUAUUCUGGACAGGAAAACAGUUAUCCAGAAGGGAACUCUGUGCCUGCAAACAGCGGAGAGAAGAAGGUUGGUACUCUUCUUGCUGCGGCAAUGAGGAAAUAUGCUGUACCGAGAUCUUCAUGCUACCAUGGAGUUACCAAGCUAAAAUGGAGUGGGAAAUACGAAGCACACCUAUGGGAUAACACCAGUAAAGUUGAAGGGAGAAAGCGGAAGGGAAAACAUGUCUAUUUGGGAAGCUAUGACUCAGAGGAGAAGGCGGCUAGGGCGCAUGACCUCGCCGUCCUUAAAUAUUGGGGUCCAGGCCAGACCUCCAAGCUCAACUUCCCUGUUUCUGAUUACGCGAAAGAGCUCGAGAUCAUGGAAACCAUGAGUCAGGACGAGUAUGUCGUUCAUGUUCGACGACAAAGUAGUUGUUUCUCAAGAGGAGCUUCUGCUUAUAGGGGAGUGACAAGAAGGAAGGAUGGGAAAUGGCAGGCUCGAAUUGGCCGGGUUGGCGAGAGCAGAGAUGUUAAAGACAUAUAUCUUGGAACUUUUGAAACUGAGGAAGAAGCUGCAGAGGCCUACGACAUUGCGGCGAUUGAGCUUCGAGGAGUUCAUGCUGUGACCAAUUUUGAUAUUAGCAACUACUGCGAGGGUUCUUUCAAGCAGAUGGAUGGUCCUCCUUGCAAAUUAGAGACUUGAUUUAUUGCACUCCACUGCAAACAUUGUAAUAUAUUGUUUAAGUUCUUUGUCCCAUUGUUUCUCAGUGCUUGUUUUAUUGACAUCAGACUUGUGGGGAUAUUUAUUUAGACCAAACUUUGUAGAUUGACCUUUUGAUGAAAAAGAAAAUGAUGGUUUCAUAA